AAAUGGAACGGCAGCCCAUGUCCUCCGCAUCCUCUCUUUAUCAGAGUGUGAUAAAUGAUGUGAUCAACUCUGUUCGUGAAUCCUUCCUUGACGAGAGUGUGGACGAGACGGUUCUCCAGGAGCUGCGGAACAUGUGGCAGUCUAAGCUAGAGGCCAGCAAGGCGGUGGAGACACCUGGACAGUAUAAUAAUGAUUCUGCCGCUUUAGGAAUGCUUUCAAAAUUGGGUCACAAAAAUAAUAAAGAAUUUUAUGUCAUGGCUGGGUUGAGACGCGGAGUGAUGCCUGGAGCAGGAGGUGGAGUAGGAGGAGGUGGAGCACCAGCUCAGCACGUUGUUAUCUCGGAUCCUAAUCGUCUGGUUCCGGUUCAGAUCACAAUACCAGCUCAACAAAACAAUCCUAAUAGUCAACCUCGGGCACUCACAGUUCAGGUUCCAGCACAUGCUCUACAGCCUUCUAGUAACAGUGGGUCAACUUUACAACAAGUUCUAACCCAGGCAAUCACAGUGGCAUUAUCCUACCCGCAGGAGGAAGCGGCGCGAUUUCUGCAAACUCAAAUUGACGCGGCAUUUAGACUCUAGCCAGCACCUGUAGUUAGAUUCUUCCCAAGCAAAUACAACCAGAUAUACUUUACUAGAAUAAUUCUUAAUUAUUUUCAGA